CACAACGAAUAAGUGUGUUUUUUUCAAAGUUCGAUUCAUCUUUUUACCGGCGACUCGUGUCAACGCGUAUAAAAAAACAAUUAAAUGACAAUAAUAUUUUACACUUAAAAAAAUCCGAAUGUGAUAAAUUGUUAAUGUGACAAAAUUAAAAAAAAAAUUAAAUUGAAAAUUGUAUUAAAAAUACAAUUAAAAUUAUUAAAAUAUUAAUAAUAAAUAGCAAAUAUAAUAUUAAUAUAAAUUCUUUACAUUAAAUUAUUAUGGAUACUUAAAAAUAAUAUUGUUAAUAAUUAAUUUUGUAGAAAAGUUUUUUUGGUGAAUUUUUUUCUUCUAUAAAAAUUACUAAGAAAUUGAAAGGAUCUUCAAAUGGUUGGGGAGAAUUCAGAAUUAUGUGAGCCGAAAGAGUUUUUUGAGCAAGGGUGAAGGGGGGCGAUUCAAGGAUUUUGCGCGCAGCUUCCGAGGAUGCUGGUGCAUUAAAUUCGCGACGAAGAGGAAGAACUUUGGUGAACGCGUCAAGACAGUUUUAUCGUGAGGAAAAGUGUAUACGAUUAAGAACGACGACUAGUUUCGGAAAAUUCGUUUAAAAGAAAAGUGCAAAAUAAUUGAAAAUGAUGUGUCUGGUAUAAGUAUUCUGCGAAGAAGAUAUAUUUCGUCCAGAAGGAGUUAAAAUUAAAGUUGUUUUCUAAAAAAAAAAUAAGAAACUUUCGAGAAAAGCGAAUCAAGAUGUCGAGGAUAAUUUUGAUUAUCUGCUUAACUGUCGUAUGUGUCGUAAAACCGAAUGGGGUCCACGGCGGCAGCGAGAUCUACGCGAAGAUGUUCUCCAGCCAGCAGAGUCCGUCCGACCCGUGCUACGACGAGGACCGACCGCUCAGGUGCAUUCCGGUGUUCGUGAACGCGGCCUACGGAGCGACGGUGGAGGCGUCGUCGACCUGCGGCAGUGGCGGCCCCACCAGGUACUGCGAUGUCUUCGAGCAACCGGGAGGCAGCACCGGCAUCGGGCAGUGCCACGUGUGCGACGACAGCACUCCGAGACGUCGCUUCCCGCCGAGCUACCUGACAGAUUUGAAUAAUCCCACGAACGUCACAUGCUGGCGGAGCGAGCCAAUGGUGUCGUCGCAGAGCUUCGCCGCACCGCCCGACAACGUCACGCUGACACUCUCCCUCGGGAAGAAGUACGAACUCACUUACGUGAGUCUGCAAUUCUGCCCCAAGGCCGCGAAGCCCGACUCGAUAGCGAUCUUCAAGUCGAUGGACUACGGGAAGACGUGGCAGCCAUUCCAGUUCUACUCGUCCCAGUGCCGCCGCGUCUACGGGCGCCCGAACCGGGCCACGAUCACCAAGUCGAACGAGCAGGAGGCGAGGUGCACGGACAGCCACCGCUACAGCGGCGGCGACGGGCUGGGGCCGGUGGGCAGGAUCGCCUUCAGCACCCUCGAGGGCCGGCCGUCGGCCGCCGACUUCGACAACUCGCCGGUCCUCCAGGACUGGGUGACGGCGACUGACAUUCGAGUGGUCUUCAACCGGCUCUACAUGCCACAGGUUCAGGAGCAGUUCGCGAACAUGGGACCCGAGGACAAUAAUAUGGGACUCGAGGAGAUUAACAAGAAGGAGAGGGAGCGUGAGGAGAAGAUGAAGAAGAGUUUUUAUCUGAGACAUAAUGACCCAUUGGUGACGGCACUGCCGUCGGUCCAUCAGGUGUUCGCGCCGCAAGAGAUGCAAUCUAAUGAUGCACUCGAUCCUCAGGAGAUGAGUUUCGUGGGCAUUGGGGGAACGACCUCGGCUCCAGUUACGACCAUACUGUCGACUACUGCCGGUACCACUUUGGCUCAUCAUUAUGCGGUGUCAGACUUCGCGGUCGGCGGCAGGUGCAAGUGCAAUGGCCACGCGGCGAAAUGCAUCACCGGCAAGGAUGGGCAAAUUGCUUGCGAUUGUCGUCACAAUACUGCCGGUAGAGAUUGCGAAAAGUGUAAAUCAUUCUAUUUCGACAGGCCUUGGGCUCGAGCCACUGCCAGGGACGCCAACGAGUGCAAAGAGUGCAACUGCAACUUGCACGCUAGAAAAUGCAAAUUCAACAUGGAGCUGUACAAGUUGUCCGGUCGCGUGAGCGGAGGCGUUUGUCUACAGUGCAGGCACUUCACGGCUGGUCGUCAUUGUCACUAUUGCAGAGAGGGUUAUUACAGAGACCCUACAAAAGCCAUAACACACCGCAAAGCCUGCAAACCUUGCGAUUGUCACCCAAUUGGUGCUUCAGGAAAAACUUGCAAUCAAAGCACUGGCCAAUGUCCUUGUAAAGAUGGUGUAACUGGUACAACGUGCAAUAGGUGUGUUAGAGGUUACCAGCAAAGUAGAUCCCACAUCGCUCCUUGCAUCAAAAUUCCAAGAGUGGUACAGACACAAGGAAUAGCUAGUGAGGAUAAUGGAAAUCACGAACCUGAUGAUGAGCGAUACGAGGCAAGAACUAAUCAAUGUGGAAAAUGCAGAACCAGCACAAAAAGACUGAAUCUCAACAAAUACUGCAAAAGAGAUUAUGCGAUUCUGGUUAAAGUGUCGGACAGAUAUCAGAAGAGCGAUGGACCGCGAAAUGAUGCAGUUGCACCAGGUUCUUCCUGGGUACAAUUUCCUCUGGACGUCAUUCUCAUAUACAAACGAAACCGAGACUCUAGAAUUCAACGAGGUCCAAUUACACUUUACGUUCACAGUGCUGACUUGGCAUGCAAAUGUCCUAAAAUUAAACCAUACAAAUCCUACCUUAUUUUGGGCCAGGAGAGCGAAAACGGAAGUAACGAGGGCCUGACAGUGACAGAAAAAUCAAUCGUUAUCGAGUGGCGUGACGAAUGGCGUCGUCGAAUGCGUCGCUUCGAACGAAGAGCAAGGUCCUGUCAUUGAAGAGAAUAAACAGAAGAUCUUCUCUCGUCUUUUUGAGACACCUGGAGGCAGCUCCCCAUAAAAUUCACAAGAAGAGUUAACUCUUGACAAUUAAAAAAAACUCGAUUGCCAAUAUAAUUGAUACGAAAAUAUUGGUCAAUCAAAUAGUUGGUUUCGUUCUUAGUGUGUACCGCAGCGACUCUUACUUAAGAUCAUCAGGGAUUUAAAGAAAACAAGAUGAAUGAAAUCCUAAUUAUAUUCAAUAACGAACAUUAAAUUAAAUAACUAGAUUUAUAAAUAUUCAUCUUAACAAAAUGAAGUCGAAUAAUGUGAAAAGUGUCACACUGGUGUCGUCAUGAUGAACCGAAUUUUUUCAGUGCUAUUCUCUUUGUUUUUAAUUUUUUUCCAUUUUAAUGACGAUCAGAUGCGAUCGAUUGAAGCCUGAGAAUUUCCGUGCCGCACCAUAAAGCAAAUGAUGCUAAUUGCUAAUAUAAAUGAUGUGUAACGCCUGCAGGAAUACAGGAUUAUAGAAUGUUGUAGUUUGCAAAAAAUUUGCGCUGAUUGCCGUAUAUAUAUUAUAUAUUUAUUUAAUAAAUCGACGAUUUGCGGAUAAUUAUAUAAUAUUAAAGGUGUAGAGUAAAAUGCGACUUAGAAUCACUUGUUAAGAAAUUGUUUCAAUUUCUCGAAUUUUCAGUGGUAAACAUUAUUCUGUGCCAUUUUUUUAUUUUACUUCUAUUACUCUUAAUAAUAAAUUUUCUGCCUAUGGCUACAUUUUUUAGAAACAAAAUUUUGUUAAAAUUAUAUUAUUUAAAUUUUUUAUGGUUUAUAAAUUUCUUAAAGAAAUUCUAAUUUUAUUCUAACGUUAUAAUUUCCAGAAGAAAAUUUAAUUCUAAUUUUGCAAAGUGAUCAAUACUACUAUUAACUUCAACUAUUAUUGAUUUUAAAAAUUUGUAAAGAAAUAAUAUUUUCACGUUUUCAUUAUGUAUAUGCUUUUUUUGGCAAACGCUUCAAAAUAUAACAACUUAUUUUUAACAAAAGAUCGUAAUUAAUAUAUUAGUUGAAAGUUAAUAAAGCAUUGAAAAUCCAGUCUUGUCUCUCAAAAAAAACUGUAAUGGCUCUUAAGUUUCACGAUGUUAAUAUUGCAAAAAUAUAAAUAUAUUUAGUAUUCACCGUCUGAGAAAGAGUCAAAGCGAUUGAAUGAAAAUGAUAAAACUGUUCCAAGAGAAACGAAAAUCAUAAAAUUUCACUACGAGAAAGUUAAUUAAUUUUUGACAUAAAUUGAAAAAGAAUUUUUAAAUAACCUUCACAAAAUUAAAACGAAAAUUCCAUUGACACGUAACUAUAAAACAAAUUAUUGUUGUCAUUAUAUAUUAUUGUACCAUUAAGGAUCAAAAUUAUUUAUUAUAAAUUAAUUACGAAUUAAAAGAAUUUUAUUAGUAUUAAAUUUAUUUGCUUUCGUAGCUUCAAUUUAUAAACGAUAAUUGAAUAUACACGUUAAGAAAAAAAAUUAUUUCUUGUGAAGUAGUGAAUUUUAAAUAGUCAUCUAUUUUUUUAAUUUUAUAUAUAAAAUUGUGUAUGAAAAAAAGCGAAACCAAUUUUAUUACACGUUUUUCUUUUUUUUGGAAAAUGAAAUAAUUUGUAGUUUAAAUCAUCGAAACUCGAUUGUUUAUUUAUUAAAUAAUAUUUAAUACACGUAAAUUAAAUUUAACUAAAAAAUAGAAGUUAAUUUUAAGAAUGAAUAAUUUUCUUAAGUUAAAAUAUUUCGCAAAAGCGAUAAAAUGAAAAUUUGUAAAGUGUCGAGUUUCAAAAUUAAAAUUUACACUUUAAUUUUGACGCUAGUAUUCAUACUAUGUAUAUAUAUAAAUAUAUAUUUAUCUAUUUAAGUAUCUACGUUUGCUAUCGUCGAAGCCAAGAGCGCUUAAUUAAUCCUAGAUUAUAAUCACGAUGACAGAAUCGUCAAAUUUCAAUCUUCAAAGUCAUGAAAAUGAAAAUGGAAAUAAAAUUUUGUUUUCUUUCCAAAAAUUUCUAUAUUUUUAAACAAAAUAUUUUAUUUCAACUUAUUUUAUUAAAUAAUUUUAUAACUUUUAAU